AUGAAAUCCUUCAAAAUAUAUUUAGUAGGAGAAUCUGAUAGUGGAAAAUCAUCAAUACUUAGUGUUUUAUAGAAUAAGCCAUUUAACUAUAACAUAGCUUAAACAAUAGGUGUUGAUUAUUGUAGAUAUAAAAGAAAAUAAUUCAUCUUUGAGAUUUAUGAUACUAGUGGUUUGGCUCAAUUUCAAUAAUCAACUGUAAAUAGCAUGAAAAAUGCUAACUUAAUUAUUCUUUGCUUCGACAUCUCUUCAAAAGAGGCUUUUCAACAUAUAGAAAAAUGGUUGAAUAUUAUUUAAAAGUCUACAAAAGUAAUUCCAAUUGUCCUAGUUGGUAACAAAAUAGAUAAAUCACUAUAAAAGAAAAAUGAAUAGAUUAAAGGAUUGAUACAAAAUUAUAUUUUGCAUUAUACUUCAGCACUUAAUCCUAAAAGCGUAAAAGAUAUGUUUACAAACAUUUUUCAAGAUAUUAUAAAUUCAGACGAAAACUUGAAUAAAACAUUAAUAAGACCUUAGAAAUAAGAUUAAAAAGAGAAUAAAUGGUUUUGCUUUUGCUGA